CUAUGUGUUCUCACAUCCUCUAUCAAACCAAAAUGCUUGACCAAAAUGAAAAUAAAGAGCGGAGACACUUGUUUUAACAUUUGGACCUCCCGGAAAUUGUCAGAACGAGAGUUUAAAGAAAUGAACGAAGGAUUGGGUUGCGAUAAAUUGGAAAUAGGGAAGGAAGUGUGUGUAGGUGUGGAAUCUGUACAGGAGACAACCACACUGGAAGAUAAGAAACCGGCGCUUCCGAUGAUAGAGACAUUUGAACCUUGCAACGAGUACACAAUCAAGCAGGGAGACACCUGCUUCCAAGUGUCAGUUGCUUAUGGUCUCGACCUUGCGGAUCUUCAAGCAAAAUAUGAUUGCAAUGCUCUUCAGAUCGGUGAUACUAUCUGCGUCUCCAAAAACUUCACUUGCCAGCAUCGUAUCGAAAUCAAGCCUGGAGACACUUGCUGGUUCCUGGAAAACGCUUUUCAGACGAAUCAAACCGAAAUACAAAGAUCCAAUGAAGGCGUGAAAUGCGAUAAUCUGCCCGUGGGACGAAUUAUUUGUGUCUGGUCGGCGGAUGACAGGAAGCUACCGAACAUGACUUGCACUAAAUGGAAAACGAUGGAUAAGGAAUUGGGAUGUUAUGACAAAAAUUCUUCGAUCACCAUAGACCAUUUUAAGUUCUUGAAUCCGAGAAUCAAUUGUGACAUGAAAAUCCCAAAGGAUCAGGAAAUCUGCGUCAAGAGUCAUUCUACGACACCAUGCUCUUCGAUUCAGUUUGUGGAUAAAACUCAAAACUGCACAACGAUCCAGCAACACUACCAACUUAGCAGUUGGAGGUUGAUGCAUCUGAAUCCAACAUUCAAAUGCGAUAGAGUGGAGAAAUCCGAGCAGAUCUGUGUUGGAACUGGUCCGUUCAAACAAGCGGAAUGUGUGUCAUCGCAACGGGUCACUCCAGAAAAUGAUAACUGCGAAAAGCUAUCAAAAAUCACUGGAUUGAGCAAUGGACAGAUUGAAGCGUUGAACCCAAAAACCAAAUGCGGGAAGAAGUUCGAAUGGGGUUCACUGAUUUGCACUUCGAGUUUGGGAAUCGAUACAAAAUCUGCACAGAAGUUGAUAGUCACGAGCUUGAAAGAUAUAGCACCGAAGUUAGCAGAAAUAUUCGAAAACUACAAUGCUAACCCGAACGAGGCGAAUGAAAACGCAAUGAACCAACAACUACUAUCCGACCUGCAAAAACCAGCAGUCAACUCCAAGCUCAAAGAGCUCUACAAAUCAGAUGAGAAAAUUCGGAAAGUUCUCGAUAGCCAGCAUCCUCUUCCCCGGAAAUCAUAUUGUGAUCAGAUUCAGAAGACCAAGAUGAGGGAUGACAUCAAGACUUGCUUCUGUGAAAAUGACGAGCUGCUGUUGUACUGCCAAGUUCUGGCUACAAAAGUGUUUAUGGAGAGUCAAGAUGCAGAGGAUCUAGAAGCACAAAAUGUGACAAUGUUGAGAGUAUUCCGAGCCAAACGGUCCAUCGCCUGCUCUUUCUCCACCCCAACUACCGGACAGGAUAGUCUAUCUGUAUUCAAAAGUCUUUACGGCGGUUGCUUCGCAGGUGGAUGUUCCUUUCCGAUUGGACUUGUUGAGAUCAAUGUCGAAGCCAAUAUCUGCGCUCCACUAGUCAGUUUUGCAGCGGAUACUGUAAUAUUCUGCGAAAAAUCUGAAAACGACUGUAGCAAAGUGGAAAAUGAAGAUAUCUCUGGAUUAAAGUUCUUAUCCGAGAGGAAACUAGGAGGAAGUAUUAGCUUAUGUGCAAUUGGGUCUAAGCUGGUGAAGAUGUUAUCUAGAGGAGGAUUGAGUUUGUGCUGGGAAGUGCUGGCAGCUGAUUAUUAUGGAUUUAUUGGAAGGUUGAAUUUAGGAUCCAACUUGCACCUUAUCGUAGUGGAAGUGAGUGACGAACUCCUUUCUACAAUGAAAGUACACGGGCUGGCCUUCCCUAAGAUGUGCAGGCAUAGCGAAUUCGAGUGUGAAGAUUACUGUAGAUGGGCUGCUGAAAGCUGGCACAAUGGCAAAGCCUAUGGAUAUUUCAAGAUUCGCGCGUUGAAAAUUUUUGGGUUUAGUGGAUUCAAGCUGAUUGAGGAGACAUACAACCAACCAAAACGAGUCGGGUGUGAUACUGGAAAAGAGGCUGCAGUGGUGAUGAGAAAUGAGCGAACUUGUAAGGAUCAUGAGAGAGAGAUACAGAGAAGGUGCUGGAGUGGAGAUGAUGUGAUGGGAUGGGCUGCACUUGAGAAGGAAUGGGGGUUUGCAUUCCAACCACAUGCAUUUGGAAGAACACUCUUUGUGUGCGAAUUCAUUGAUAAGAGUGGACAGAAAAUUGGUUUUGAUGUUUAUGGAGGAAAAUCCAAGAACCGAGGAAAGAGUACAUUCCAUUAUGUUGUCAAAAAUGACGGAAUAUACUUUGGAACAGAAAAAUACAAAGAGGACCAAAUGAUGGGAUCUUGGAGUCAUAAAUGUGAGGAAGAGAAGCUAGAAUCUCCAAAACCAGAACCACCAAAAACCGAAGAACCAACUGGAACAAGUUCAGUGCCAGCAGCCGUUUGUGGAAAACGAAUCGUUGGAUAUUACACAGGAUGGGGAGAGCGAGAAAUCACAGAAAACCAGCUGAAGAAACUGACUCAUGUUAUAUUUGCAUUUGUGGCAAUGUAUCUGGAUGGAGGUGUCAAGUUUGGAGCAGUAAGUGAGGAUGAUUCGGGACCACAGGCAGCUGUGAAAGCGGAAAGGAGAUUUUUGGAUAUGAAAAGGAAGGCGAGAUCAGUGAAUUCCGGAGUACGAGUGAUUUUUGCAGUUGGUGGAUGGGAUAAUUCGCAAUAUUUCUCGACAGUGGCAGCAGAUCCGGUGAAAAGAAGAUCAUUCAUCGACUCGGUGGCUUCCUUCAUUGAGCAUCACCAAAUUGAUGGAGUGGAUUUGGAUUGGGAAUAUCCUGAUAUGAAUGGAAAAGACAAAGCCAACCAUGUGACUCUUACCCGAGAGCUAAGAGAACGAUUCACGGAAAUGCAGAAGGCGAAAGGAAGAAAAGAUCCUUACAUCAUCACAUUGGCAUCUGCAGCUGGAGAAUGGAACUUGAGAAAGGGAUACGAUUUAAGUGGAAUUCUGAAAUACGCAGAUUUUAUCAAUGUGAUGACUUAUGAUUACUACGGUGCAUGGGAAUCCAAAUGGGGAGCAUAUACCGGACCACCUGCGCCACUCUAUUUUGGAAGUUUGAAAGGAUUUUCUGGGAAAUUGAAUGCAGACUUCUCAAUGAGAUUUUACACCUGUAAAACCAAGAAACCGAGUCUGUUGAAUAUGGGGGUUCCAUUCUAUGGAAGGUACUGGAAGAAUGUUCUUGAACCAAUAGACAAAUCUGAUGGUAUGUGGAGGACUGCUGCGCCAAGUAAUGGGAUUUACGAAGGUGGAUAUGUGGCAUGGAGGAAUUUGGAAAAGGAAGGAUGGAAUAAAGCAGCAACUUCCUGGCAUGAGAAAACCAAGUAUAUUAUGAAUGCUGGAGCUAGAAUGUUCCUUGGAUUUGAGAACGAGAGGAGUUUAAAAGAAAAAAUGAAGUAUGCAACCGAGAGAAACCUGGGAGGCCUGAUGAUUUGGGCAUUAGACCUGGACGACGACGCAGACACUCUUUUGAAUUUGGUAUCUUCUGCUGACUUGUGCUCCGAAGGAAGUGGAGAUAAAGUGACGUACACAUGUGUUCCAAUAGAUGAAGUCAGAUGGUGGACACCUGAAAACUCAGAUGAGAAGAAACAAGGUCAGUGUGGAAAAUCCGCGCCAUUAAUCAACGGAUUCUACCCUGUCUGUGACCCUGAUGAUCCUGGAUUCUCGUGUUGUGGAGCUGCAGGUUACUGUGGAAGUGGUAAAGAAUACUGCGAUUGCAAAGGAUGUGUUAACUAUCGACAAGAUCCAAAUCUGAUUCUGAAGGAUCCUGUAAAGCCUACACGACCAAUACAAUGGUACACACAAGAUGCACCAGAUGGGAAAAGAGGAAGAUGUGGUAAAGAUGUACCCAUGAUCAAUGGAGAGAUAGCAAUCUGCAAUCCGGACGAUGACACAAAACAUUGCUGCUCGAAUGGUGGAUACUGUGGAGUCGGGAAAGAGUACUGUAGUUGUGAAGGAUGUAUUGAUUACAGAAAUAAAAACUAA